GAAGUAUGUUACUGAUGACGGUUACAUGUCAGGUGUCCAGUUUAGACAGAAAAAUUUUUUCAGCAUGGUCCACAAAUGGUCAAACACGGGGCAAGAAGAUGAUGGGAUCAAGCUUAAAAUUUCUGCCCACGGACCGGCUGUACAAGUUGACCUCACGCCGCCCAGAAGUACUGGUCUUGCAUGCGACAUUUCGGUUGACUUGGUGCCCACUUUGCGAAUACGCGAGGAUGCACAUUAUGUUGCUAAACCGUACAAAUCAUACGCGGAGAUACAUACACCGUUGCCAUGCGACAGUCAGUUGUUAUGGAGACAGUCUUUUUCCAAGUCAGAGAGAGCAAUUUUGAAAAAGAUCGACGGGGACGGUGGGUGCAGGAAGGACUGUUGCAGAAUUCUGAAAAGUAUUCGCAACGAAGACCCUACCCUGCGAGCUUUGACUUCAUAUCAUUUAAAAACGGCGCUUCUUCACGAAUGCGAUAUUGUGAAAGACUGGGACAAAAAUAAGCUCGAUCAACGAUUUUUGGGAAUGCUGGGAAGUCUGGCAAAGUAUUCACGGGAAAAAAGCCUUCCUCAUUAUUUCGUUCCUGAAUUAAACCUGAUGGAGGGAUACAAGAAUUCGACAUUGGAUAAUAUUCACGGCAGACUAAGUCGACUUCAGAAUAGCCCAUUGGAAAGAAGUAAACUUCUUUCGCCAACGGAAAUCAAAAACAAGUGAGCUUAUAUACUCGACUACAAGGCUAAGUGGUGGUAGAAAAAUGAAUUGUUUUUAUGAGUACUCAUUAUUACUCCACAUUUAUAAUAUUGUUUUCAUUAGCUGUAGGUGCACGUUAGGUCAACGCAAGGCUCUCCGGGUAAAUGUGGGCGACGUUUUCCAAUUUAUACCACUCUAGGUCACGUGUACCAUUGUUCUCAGCGUUCAUUUAUUAUUGUAACAUCUAUUGGUUCUUAUGCAGAUUAGUAAACCUUCGCGGUUACAUUGAUAUUCAAAUUAGUGAAUCUUACAGUUUUAUGAAUAGACUCAUUUAACAUAUGAAUAAAACUGUAAGGUUUACUAAUUUACAUAUGAUACG